UAAACCACGUUUCUAUUUUAAACUAAAUUGUUGCAUAAUUUUUGACGCUGUUUUGCGCAUAAAAGAAACGACUGAUGUAAAUGCGAAGACUAUAUAUGAAUAUAAGCAUAGAUUAAGAUUAACGCACUGAAGUAAACACAAUGUUUGAUAUGAAAUGGUUACCGAUUGCAUGUGGGAGCUUGGCUCCUGCUCUCAUCCCUCCUGUUCACAUAGUUGUGUUGUGGUAUUUCUGGGAAAAUUACGCACGUUACGUUGAUAGGCAUUUUUGUACCUGCUCCUGCUGGGAUACAGUAUUUAAAGGUCCCUAUGAAUCGGGUGUUGCUGCCUACAAGCAUAUGUACUUCAAUGCUACUCAAAAUACUUUUAAAAUGUGGCUACUAACGGUAUUUGCUGUUAUAGCACUAUACGAAUGCAUUAAGCGACUGAUUACAUUAAUUUUGCAACAACGUAUACGCUACACGAUGCUAAUAUUAUUCAGUCUGUCCAUAUUCUCUCAUUAUUAUGCAUGGUGGGCGUAUAUGAACUACUAUAACGAUGAUUAUUAUCAGCAAUGGAAUCAUCAAUUAUUCUUUACGAUAACCGAGUUAAUAGCUACAACAAUGGUAAUGCAAUUGGCCGAUAGCACCAAUACAGUGACAUCGAAGAAAAUUUUCUGUAUCGUUGGCAUUGCUCUAUUGCAUAUAAUUGCUAGCAGCUUUGAUCAAUUCUUUCUUAAUGUAGUCCGCGGAGAAGGGUAUGCUCAUCAAAUUAUUCGUGAUAUUGGCUUCAUGGUACCCGAUAUAAUGCAAUUGAUCAUACCCUUGUGGCUGUUAAAGCAAACACGCAAGGAAUCAUUUAUCACCCGACCUUUCUACAGAGACCGCAAUUUACACAAAGAUAUUAUAACCACGAUAUUCUUUGUAUUGGCCUUGUUCAUGCUGUGCAGUAUUCUGUGAGCAAGAGUUUUCGAACUGUAUAUCAUAAAUCUACAUAAUCAUCAGUAAUUACAGCUGCAAAGAGUGCAACAAACAUUAGAGCUCGAAAUUGACACUAGACAUAAUACUAAUAAUGGCUUAGUUUUACCAAAUGAUUGGCAAUUAUUCAAAAUUUAUAUGUUAAGGAGACUAAAGACCAAGUAUGACGAUAAAUUCUUAUUGUCAUAGUCAAAAAUUUCGCCCUAUCUUUCAUAGUAAAAAUUUUUAAAUCCACUCAAAUUGCAAAAGCUACAGAACUGAAACAAGUGUUUUCCUAUAUGUAUGCUGUUAAUGAACAUUAAUUUUGUGAUUAAAUAAUUUUUAUUUCUGACGAAAGGAAAUUUUUCCUUUUGAAAAACAUAUAUACAUAUAUAUAAAUCAAUAUCGUACAUACAAGAAUAUAUAUAUACAUUGCGUAAAUAUAAAAGAAAGCUCAUUAAUACCCGGUUACUAUCUAAUAUGUAGAAAAGAAUUCCGUAAUGACAUUAUUUCAAGAAGAAACCAACAAAAUCCAUGUUAAACCCAUAUCUCAAUUAAAAAAAAAAGAAAGAUCUCCUGACAUCCAUUAACAUUAGAACUGCCAACGUUUUGCAUAUACAUACCUAUUUCUACCAAAAAAACCAAUUUUUAUUCUCUGUUAUUGUCGACUUGCCACAGUCGUAAACAUGAAGCUAAAGUUUGACGCAAACUUUCCUUGAUCGAUUAGGAAUAUGAAAUGAAUAUGAAAAAAAUUGUUGCGACCCACCACCUACC